GACAGUGUCAAAGGCUUUACUAAAAUCCAGAAUAAUGGAUUUUCCAGGACACUUCGAGCAAGUCUUUCAGCAGCUAAACUACCAGAGGCUUCAUGGCCAACUUUGUGAUUGUGUCAUUGUGGUAGGAAACAGACAUUUCAAAGCCCAUCGUUCUGUUCUGGCAGCAUGUAGCACACACUUCCGAGCUCUCUUUACUGUAGUAGAGGGUGAUCAAACUAUGAACAUGAUUCAGCUGGACAGUGAAGUGGUGACAGCAGAAGCUUUUGCUGCCCUGAUUGAUAUGAUGUACACUUCUACACUAAUGCUUGGGGAGAGCAAUGUAAUGGAUGUCUUGCUAGCUGCUUCUCACCUACAUUUGAACUCUGUUGUUAAAGCAUGUAAACACUACCUUACUACCAGGACGCUACCAAUGUCUCCACCUAGUGAUAGAGUUCAGGAACAAAAUGCACGCAUCCAAAGGUCUUUCAUGCUUCAGCAGCUUGGACUGAGCAUUGUGAGCUCUGCAUUAAAUUCCAGUCAGAGCACAGAGGAACAACUAAAUACCAUGAGCUCAUCGACGAGAAGUAACAUAGAACAAUGUACUACCUUUCCUAUCCGGCGUCUCCACAAGCGUAAACAGUCUUCUGAUGAUCGGGCCAGACAGCGAAUCAGACCUACCAUAGAUGAGUCCAUUUCAGAUGUUACUCCAGAGAGCAGGCAGUCAGCAGUUCAUUCACGAGAAGAUUUUUUUUCACCAGAUUCACUGAAGAAUGUGGACAAUUCUAAGGCUGAUGCUGUUAUUGAUAAACAAGAGGAUAAUACUAUUGUGUUUGAACAAUCUUUUGGUGCUCAAGAAGAUGCUCAAGUACCCAGCCAGUCAGACAACAGUGGAGGAAACAUUUCACAGAUAUCCAUCUCAUCUCAGGUAAUACAAGUAGAAGCCAGUUUUGAUCAGGAAGCUACUUCUGAAAAAUCCAACUUCUCAUGCAAAAAUCCAGAGGUCAGUCUAAAUGAAAAAGAACACACGGGGGUGGUGGUUAAAUCUGAGCCUUUGAGUUCCCCAGAGCCUCAAGAUGAAGUGAGUGAUGCCACUUCUCAAGCAGAAGGCAGUGAGUCUGUUGAAGUGGGAGGAGGAGUGGUGAGUGCAGAGAAGAUAGAAUUGAGUCCUGAAAGCAGUGAUCGUAGCUUUUCUGACCCACAGUCCAGUACUGAUAGGGUGGGAGACAUCCAUAUUAUGGAAGUGUCAAAUAACCUGGAACACAAGUCCACUUUCAGUAUCUCAAAUUUUCUGAAUAAAAGCAGAGGUGGUAACUUUGGUGCAAGUCAAAAUAGCAAUGAUAACAUUCCAAAUACAAGGGACUGCAGAAUGGAUGGUGAUGCCUCUUACCUAUUGAGUUCAGAGUCUGGGCCUGCUAGGAAUCAUUCCUCUGUUACAGUUUGUCAUGUAGAGAAUCCAUUCAGUGAGUCUGCAGACUCUCAUUUUGUUAGACCAAUGCAGGAUGCCAUGGCUCUUCCGUGUGUACAGACUUCUGGGUACAGGGCUGCAGAACAAUUUGGUAUGGCUUUUCCAAGGUCAGGCUUGGGCCUGCACUCUUCAUCAAGGACAGUAAUGGGAUCUGUAAGAGGUGGAGCUAGUAGCUUUCCUGGCUAUCGUCGCAUAGCCCCCAAAAUGCCUGUUGUGACCUCUGUCAGAAGCUCCCAGCUACAAGAUAACACUUCCAGUUCCCAGCUGUUAAUCAAUGGGACCACUUUUGAAAAUGGACAUCCUUCACAACCUGGUCCACCACAGUUGACAAGGGCAUCUGCAGAUGUUCUUUCAAAAUGUAAGAAGGCCUUAUCUGAACAUAAUGUCUUGGUUGUUGAAGGUGCUCGUAAAUAUGCCUGUAAGAUCUGCUGCAAGACUUUUUUGACCCUAACAGACUGUAAGAAGCACAUUCGUGUGCAUACAGGAGAAAAGCCUUAUGCCUGUUUAAAGUGUGGCAAACGGUUCAGCCAGUCCAGCCAUCUAUAUAAACAUUCCAAAACAACCUGUCUGAGAUGGCAGAGCAGCAAUCUACCUAGCACUUUGCUUUAAUCUCCCCCACUCCCUAGCCCCAUGGGAAUGCUAAUACAAACUUUUAAGACUGGAGUAUUUCAGGAACACUAAUAUUCUUUUGUUCAAGGCUGAAGGUUAAGAAGCUGCCCUUGUAGAUUACUGAAUGCUUGCAUGUGAUUGUGCUGCAUUGACAAAAGUCUUGGUUCUGUAAAUUGGUGAUAAUACCAUAUUUACCUCACAGGGGUGUUGUGAGACUUAAACAACUGUUAAUGAACUGCUUUGAGAUUUUCAAAAGGAGGCACUGUAGACAGGUUAAGAGUUAUUGUUAAAUACAUGCAGAUCUUUGGGUUCCCUAAAACCAAGUAAUUCCAUUGUUGGGCAGACAGGUGGGGGUUGAGUGAGAAUAUAGUUAACUCCUAAUUAUAUUGGAGUAGUAUGUUUCAAGAAUGAAAAACUGAAGGGCAAAUAAUUGGGGGGGGGGAGAUUUUGUAAAAUUCUGAAAACAUUUAAAUAAAUGACCCAUAACAUAAGUUGGUAAGUUGUGUAUGAACAGUAAUGCAAGGAGAUCUUUACAGUAACUAAUGCAGAUUGCAUAUUCUUAAAAGAAAACCAACCUUGGCUGCACCUGUCUGCCAUAAAAUGCUUUAAAAUGUUAAUUAUGAAAGUAGUUUUAGGGUUCUGAAUGCGUUUUUGGUUGUUUUGCAGUAAAGGACAGUGUGUAAUGAAGGUACUUAAAAUCAGUCCACAACAAGUAACUUCUGGACUGUUAGAUGUGUAUAUAAAUACUUUGAAUACAGCAAGGUCUGGUUGUUUCACCAUUUUUUCUGUAAAAUCUUGUAUUGAGUAAUAAGUGAAAUACUGCUUCUUGUUUGUGCUAUUCUUAGCAAUAUUUUAACCAACUUGUAUUUCAUAUGUUUAAAUUUCAUAGGCAUGGAAGCCUGAAACGAGCUUGUCUAUAUCUACUUUGUUUUUUUUAAAUGAGAGAUGAUUUGUGGUGGCUCUUUUUACUGGGUAAGGUAGUUUCUUACUCCAGAUGCAAAUAGUGAAUCUGAUUCACAUUAUUGUGUAAGCAUAUUAUCGUUUCCUCAUUUUAUCUUCAGGCUUUAAUUUCCUCUUCCAUAUACUUACUGUCCUUCCUAACUAUAUAUUGUCCCUCAGAUCAAUGUCAGGAAUGAUCCUCACUUGCCAUAUUUAUGGAUGUCUCUGUAUAAAAUGUAGCUAUCAACACCAAUCCUUCAGUUUAGAGUAGUAUCAUAAAUGUACUUUUUCAUAUAACUAAAAAUCUAGCAUUAAUUUCAUUAAAAAGAUAGCAUUAUACACUUUGUAAA